CUGAAAGUGAAAGCUGUGUCUCUUUAAGAAACAUGGCAUCUUGUAGUCGUUCGCAGGUGAUUUCUCUUUAUAGGAUGCUCAUGAAGGAGAGCAAGAAGUUUCCUUCGUAUAAUUUCAGGACGUACGCGCUGUGCAGAGUGAAGCACGGCUUCAGGGAGAACCAGCAUGUGGACAACCCUAGGACGCUGGACGUGCUCCUGAGCCAGGCCCGAGAGAGCCUGGCGCUCAUCAAGCGGCAGGUACUCCGCCCCCCAGCCGCCCCGCUCCCUUCUCUCUCGCUGGACAUGGGAACAGCUGGCCAUUCUGAGUAAAGGCCUGGCUGAUCGGCCAUCCGAGGUGACUGUUGGCCAGAUGUACUCAACCCAGAAGUCCGUUGUGGAGAAGGUGGUGCAGGGGCCCGUCUGAGUCAAAAGCUUAAGCCGCCCCUCCAUCCUCCGCUGUCAGGGCACGGGUGGGGGGGUGGUACAUCAGUGUAAAAGAGAGCUGUAAAAUUGUAUACUCACUCACUUGUUCUUCACUGUCAGCCUGAGCUUUUUAUAUGAGUAAUGUAUUCUAUAUUUUGUAUUUUUUUUGCAAUUUGAAAAGCUGCUGAAAUUAAAAUUAAAGUAUGCGCUUCCAAUA